UUAUUUUGUGUGGAAACAUGGCGGAAGGCAGUGACAGCGAUCGGGAGAUUUUUCAGCCUUCUAAUAAGAAGUCAGCAUCUGAAGUGUGGUCGUAUUUUGAGUUUUACAAGAGUGCUGAAGGAAUCUUAAUCGAAGAUGGUCACUCUGUCUGCAGAACAUGCAACGACAAAAAAAAAACGCUGCGAAAGGGGGCAAAACUUCAAAUAUCAUGAGUCAUCUUCGUAACCAACACCCACUAACGUUACUUUAUUGCGAAUGAAAGGUAAUUUAACGUUUAGCUCAACGCAUGUGGGGACUUCGUAAUGGGGGAAAAUGUAAUGCUUUGUCUAACUUGCUAAUAGCUUGUCAAUAAUGUAAACUGAAGCUUUCAGUGUUACCUACUUUUGUAAAAACACUACACGUUGUUCUGCUGAUGUAUGCGACGUGUGUCUGCACACUAUUCGUCCAUUGCACAGGAUAACACGUUGUCGUUUAGUCACUCAACCAACAUGUUUUGUUCAUUUAAAAUCCGGCAGUUGUCGACAUGGUUGUAAAAGUGUUCCAACAGGAGAAACACUAGAGUCUUAUACAAGACUCCUGUAUUUAUGUCAAUUGUAGGGCUCAUUGCAAUUACUAUCACUGUCUUAAGACUCAAUUGUAUUUAUGUCAAUUGUGCAUGGGUCAUUGCAUAUACUCAAAUGCAACACAGAAUUUCGACUGUGUAAUAAUAAUAAUAAUUACUAAUAACUAAUAAUACAUUUGCUAUUCCCUUGGCUGCACGCCCACUCUGUAAACAUCUUUAAUGUUACUAUUUUAAAUGUUUAUGCACACAGUGCUGCUAAUUUAUUUUUAUUUUUAUCCCAUUUGCUUACUUAAGGUUGUGUUCAUUUAAACCUGCACAAGAUAAAUUUACCUCAUGGCCACAUGGUGCCAUCUUUAAUGUUAUUAUUUUAAUGUUUAUGCAAAGUGCAUAGUUAUGCUAAUUGUAUUUGUUGGUUUUCAAUAUAACACUUGGUGAAAUUUCAGUGUGUAUAUCAGUACUUUGAACAUUUCCAGCACAUUUGAACAAUACCGCGAUAAUGCUGAUAACUGAUAAUUUUGGUCACUAUAAUCGUAAUAUGAAAUGUUCGUAUCGUUUAAUCUCUAGUUUUGACCAUGACAGAUUACAAUCCAAUGUUACUUCAAGCAGUUUAGUCACCACAACUUGCUAAAUAUCCACAUUCAUUGCAACAUUUUGUCAAUGGCUAACUAGUUGAUUUUACAGAGACAUUUCUAUUCAUGUGUAUUUUGAGAUACCUUUAAAUGUCGCAAAGCAUUUCUAUUCAUUAAUGAUCAGGUAACUAAUAAUCAGUCAAUGUAUUUAUAAUAUUAAAAAAAUAUUAUUUCCUAUUCUAGUUAGCUAAUGUUCAACGCUAUAAAAUUGUAUUAUCCUGCCAACUACCUAACAAUGAGACUGGUUAAUCCACUCCUGAUUUUUUUUUUUUGACCUUUAUUUAACUAGGCAAGUCAGUUAUUAUAGGAACAGUGGAUUAUCUUUCAAAAUGAGCAGUCAAUGAUAGCUAACGUUAGCUAGCUUUAGCUGAAAGCUAGUAUCUUGAAGGUGAGGGCCAUCGGCAUAAAAUAAUACCUUUGUGCCCUAAUAUCGGGCUUAACAUGUAUUGUGCACCGUCAAUUUCGGACAAAGGACAGUUUGGAGUGGUCUUUAGCAAGGCUAGCCAAAUUGUCCUAGUUGGAAUGCUGGCUAGGCUAGGUAACUAGCUACAUCUGCGUUGGGGUGGCUUGACUUCAUCAGUAAAUUAGCCAACUAGCCAACAUCUAAGUAAUUCCUAUGUUAAGUCAUUGUAAUGUAAUAAUUUAUAUAUUUAGUUUCAACACAAAAUUAUACUUGGGAUUAGACGGUACGACAUUGGCAAACAUUAUGUAACAUUUGCUAGGGCACUAGCCAGUGCUCUGAACUACCUAGUUAGCCAACCACAUUACUCAACAGAUGGACAUUGGAAUAGUCCCUUGUAGCCGGCUAGUUGGUGCAGUGGCUAACCUUGGACAAACGCGCUAGUUAGUGACAUGCAUUUUCCAUGAUUAUUCCAUGCAAUAAACAGCAUUAUAACAAAUAAACCGUUGUGCUUUAUAUUAGCUAGAUUGUUCAUACCGAUGUUAUGUUGUGAAGCGUCUGAGCACUGUUCUUCCUUUACCCUGUCAAAGGUAGCGUACUUUAGUUCUCUCCCACCAACUAGCAUGAAGAAUCUGCUUGGCAGAGAUAGGGCACAGUGAAGGAGACACAAUGAGCAUGCGCAAUUCACCGGGGCGAGGGCAUGAAUGACUGCAGCAGAAUGUUUUAGCUACAUAAUUUGUCAUUCAUUCCAGCAUUUGCCAAUAAAGCAAUAUAUUCAGUGAAUUCAAUCUUCAGACUUUUUGCAACCUACAAUUUAUUUGGUCAGCCGCAUCAACUGCAGAUUUCGUUAGGGUACGCCUCUUCUGUGAAGUACGCAUUUGCACUCCUAAACAACGAGAUUAAAAAAAAAAAAACUUUUGCAAAGGGUAAAGUCUACAAAACGUAGUCCACUCUGUUCAUAACAUAUUAUAGUUUUGGUAACAGAACUGUAUUGAGAUCAAAUGUUUCAUCGAUGAGAAAAUUUCGGCCUAAGUCCAUCUCGUUCCGUAUUCUCCCACUGCCGGCCAGUGGGCUUCCUCUCCCUACCAUAUUUGUUAGUGAGUGGAAACGCUAAGCGGAUGCUUCACAUUUAUAGAACAAUUGUGUAUCUGUGAUAUAGCCAUCUUUGACUUUGUGGCCAUGGCAACUAGUGGAAACCGCAUCAACUGGAGAUCCAUAGUGGCCACUAGCGACUGCGCAGCCUAUGACGAAAAUAGCAUUGUUUAGUGACAAAUAAUAGGAUAAGAAGUCGUCACUACUGUUGUUGUAGGCUACAUAAAUGGGGGGAUGUAGUAAGCUUACCUAAUAUAGGGUCCAAUGACGUGUCAGUGUAGAAGGCUGCCAAUAAUUUGUGUAAAGCUCCCGAGUGGCGCAGCGGUCUAAGGCACUGCAUCUCAGAACAAUAGGCGUCACUAUAGUACCUGAUUUGGAGUCCCAUAGUCGUCCGGGAAUGGCCGAAGUAGGCCGCCAUUGUAAAUAAUAAUUUGUUCUUAACUGACUUUCCUAGUUAAAUAAUAUAUAUAUAUAUAUAUAUAUAUAUAUAUAUUUUUUUUUUAAGCCCAAUGUGAGGGUCACAUUGGUGAAUAUUUUUGUUUAUACCUACAUACCAGGCCACCCUAAGAAAUGUACAGGUUGUUUGAAGAGGUCAAUGUCGGAAACGUUUUAUAAAUGUGGUGGUUGAGGCCAACAAGGGCUAUGGGGCCGCUAUGAAUAACAGGAGACUACUGACUGAUAUAUUUCUUUAGGGGAGGCUGCAGUUACUCUGUCUGGACUAUGGCACAGUGAACUAUUAGGCUAAUCAAAGCAACUGAGGGAAUUUUCCGUUCCACCUUAAAUCUGGUUUGUUUGUGAAAAAUAUGGAGACGUUCUCUUUUUACGUGGAAGGGUGAAAGCCCCGCCCUGUGAACGCUUGCAAUGCACGAGUGAACUUCAACUGUCAAAAGUGGAGGACACAUUAGCUUUUGAGCUGUGCGGUUUUCAAUUAUCAGCAUCGCCUUUGUAAGUGAUCGCACAUCAGUACGCUGUAGGUGUGAUCGAGGCGCAAUUUGUGCACAAAGCGCCGGAGUGCACGGAGGCUGACGAUCGGGAGGGAUAAAAAGUGUCGUCCUAGAAGUGAACAAGUUCUUGGUUGUUUUGGGGGGCCGAUUGUUGCCAAUAUGUCCAGGAAUCCCACAUUUGUGAGUCCAUUCCACAGACCCCACUGUUUGGCCGCUGCCGCCCAGGCAGGAAAAGCCAAACUCACCCACCCUGGCAAAGCCAUUCUAGCAGGUGGUAUUGCUGGAGGAAUAGAGAUCUGUAUUACAUUCCCUACAGAGUAUGUGAAGACUCAGCUGCAGUUGGAUGAGAAGGCCAACCCUCCCAGAUAUAAAGGCAUCGUUGACUGUGUGAAGCAGACGGUAGACGGUCAUGGGGUGAGGGGUCUAUACAGAGGGCUCAGCUCACUGCUCUAUGGCUCCAUACCCAAAGCAGCUGUCAGGUUUGGUGUGUUUGAGUUCCUCAGUAAUAAGAUGCGUGAUGAGAGUGGGAAGCUGGACAGUACCCGGGGUCUUCUCUGUGGGCUGGGGGCUGGAGUGGCUGAGGCUGUGGUGGUGGUCUGCCCCAUGGAGACGGUCAAGGUAAAGUUUAUCCAUGACCAAUCGUCAGCCAACCCAAAGUACCGGGGAUUCUUCCAUGGAGUCAGGGAGAUCGUCAGAACAGAAGGCCUGAGGGGGACGUACCAGGGUUUGACAGCCACGGUACUGAAACAGGGAUCCAACCAGGCCAUCCGCUUCUACGUCAUGACAUCUCUAAGGAACUGGUACAAAGGUGAAGAUCCUAACAAGGCCAUUAACCCUCUGGUCACGGGAGCAUUCGGAGCCUUCGCUGGAGCUGUCAGUGUGUUUGGAAACACUCCUCUGGAUGUCAUCAAAACCAGGAUGCAGGGUCUGGAGGCUCACAAGUACAAAAGCACCCUGGACUGUGCCGUCAAGAUCAUGAAGCAUGAGGGACCUAAAGCGUUCUAUAAGGGUACAGUCCCCAGGCUGGGCAGGGUGUGUAUGGACGUAGCCAUCGUCUUCAUAAUCUACGAGGAGGUGGUGAAGGUCCUUAACAAAGUCUGGAAGACGGACUGAGAUCAUGUUUCCGUGACAACCAGCGGAGUGGAGAACCCCCGGCAGGGCGGGGCUAUGGCUUGAUUCCAAACCCAAUCCCUCUGCCCUUUCCUUAGGUUAUCCAUGACUUGCUACCUCCUUACAGAUCUGACAUGGCUGGUUAUAUUUCAUUACAAAAAAGUUGGUCUCUGUCCCCUGCCAUUGUUUGCUUUAGUCAGUUGGAAUGAAAUGCAGCCAUGAUAAGUGUAAACAAUCUGGGGAUGAGUGCACUUCGCCUAUGAUCCUAUUGGGGAUACUACUAUCAUAUUGUUUAUACCUACAUCCUCUGUUCUUCUGUAUAUCCACAGGGGGGAGGGAGCAAGGGCACAUGGGUAGGGUGAAAAGAUUUGGCCUAUAUGACUGGAAUAAUGGGAACACUGUAUCAUUCCAGAGCAGUGUCUUAGACCAACAGUGCUUCAGUUCACUAAUUGCUAUUAUUAACAUCUUAUGUUGUACAUUAAUCAAAGAUGAAACAAUACUUAUAGCUAAAAACCUAAUAAAAUGUGAUGUAAAUCAAAGGAAAAAACUUGAAAUGAGAGAGGAGGAGGAUCAAAGGCUUUUAACUCCAAAGACCAUGUUGUAUAUUUAACACGAUGGUGUGACCCAGUGAAAUGGGUCUGGUAGAGAUGUGGAGGCCGUCGUUCAUACACAUGAUGGCACUACAACAGACAUGCCUGUUCACGUGUCACAUGGGUGUUGUUUUCCAGGUUUAAUGCAGGUCUGAAAUGUAGCUGCUUUACAUACCUGAGUACAAUUGCAACACAAUGCCUUAUAUCAUUAUAUUCAGAGAUAUCUUUAUGGUAGAGAGCUACUAUAUGUACAGUGCCUUGAAAAAGUAUUUGCCCCCUUUGAGUUUCUCUAUUUUUGCAUUUUUUUUUUAAUACUGAAUGUUAUCAGAUCUUCAAUCAAAAGGGAACCUGAGUUUACAAAUAACAAAAAAUAUAUACUUAUUUUAUUUAUUUAACAUUUUGCUUACUGGGACUUCUAAUUUUGAGAGGGGCAGCAUUUUUUGGUCUCGCCUAGGGCGGCAGAACAGCAAGGACUGGCCCUGCUUCCAAGAGUCUUGAUGAUCAUCCAGGUGCUUUAUGGCAAACUUGUCAACCUUUUGGAGGUCAUGGGUCUGUAUAUGCCUAGCAAAAACCAAACCAGGCAUUCCACAGUAAGAACCUUACACCAACGGUCAAUCAUAGGAGUCUAGGUGUCAUUUAGAUUUUGGCCACCAGAGGCAGCAGGGGUUCAAACUGUAGAACCCAGUUCCAACAUUUUAAUAUAAAAAUUGAUUUGAUCAAACAAAACUAUGCUACAUUAUAUCUCUUGGACCUUCAGUAUGACAAAUCAGAGCAAGAUUACUGAAUGUAAGUACAUUUAUUUACCUUCAGAGGUGAAUGUAUCAAACCAGUUGCUGUGAUAAGUGUUUUGUUGUUGUGCACUCAAUAAAUAGCAUGCUUUUUUAUUUUUUACUGUAAUAGCUACUGUAAAUUGGACACUGCAGUUAGAUUAACAAUAAUUUAAGUUUUCUGCCCAUAUAAGACAUGUCUAUGUCCUGGAAAGUUGGCUGUUGUCAUUCUAGUCACAUUAGCUCACGUUAGCAACAACCGUCCCAGUUUAGGGACACCGAUCCCAUAGAGGAUGGAGGAUGCAUGGAAGAGUGGGCCAAAAUUCCUCCACAGCGACUUGAGAGACUGAUCAAGAACUACAGGAAAUGUUUGGUUGAAGUCAUUGCAGCUAGAGCUGGCACAACCAGUUAUUGAGUGUAAGGGGGCAAUUACUUUUUCACAGAGGGGCAUUCAGUGUUGCAGCAUAAUUUUGUUCAUGAAAUAAGUAAGUGAUUGUUGUUAUUUGUUCACUCAGGUUCCCUUUAUCUUGUAUUAGGUUUUGGUUGAAGACCUGAUAACAUUCAGUAAAAUUUAGAAAGGGAGCAAAUACUUUUUCACAGCACUGUAUGUAGUAGUAUAAUAUUAAUAGUUAAAAUAAGAACAGUUUUGAAUUACUACUCAUUCUUAUUCUAUGGUUGUCAUAACCCUGUUUUGGCAUAGAAUUAAGAAUGAGAAUCCUAAUUAAAUAGUACUUUUAAUAGGAUCUCUGUUUUUUUGGUGUCUGUCGACUACAGAGAUGAACAUGUUGUACAGUAUACUCAGACAUUCUGCAGAAUGAACCAAAACUUUUCAAGUGAAUUACAUAAAAACUGACCAAGAUUGAGAUGGUGAGGGACUUUGCAGUUGUAAAUGUGAAACAGAAAUAUAUUUACAUAAUGAUUGUUUGUGCCUGCAAAUGUAAUUUAUGAUGGUUUUAGAAAUCUGGUAUAACAUCUCUAGUGCUACUAAUGUCUAAAAUUGAAAUGAUUCAUGUUGCAUGUCUUAGUUGGGUCAGUUUUUCCUCACUGAGUUACAGUAUGAUACAAUAACACUUUAAAAACAAUGAUUAAGUGUUAAUUUGAUAUAGACAGUAACACAUUGUAAUGAUGCCUUGCUGAGAUGUUUAUCAAAUCUACUGGUACUAGUUGACAGUAUAGCUUACCAGACCAUCUUUGUAAUGCAGCCUUGAGUAUAAUUCAAUGUGAUGAGAUAUUGUCUGGUAAAGUUACCUGGCACUUAUCGAGUAAGCAUAAAUUAAUUCACACUUAUUUUCUUGGUAGUGUUAGUGGAGGGGUGGGGACACCAAUUUUUAAUUAAGAUGUCUAGAUGUAUCUUUUGCAAAACCUAAUAGACAUUUUUAAUGAAACAAUACAUUUGCCACUGUCAUGGUCUGCCCAAUGUAAGAUACAUCUAUUUUUUUAUGCUCAAAGACAAGAUCUUAUGUAAGCAUGUUUUAUUGAAAGACCAUGCACAGCCAUUGCAGAUUGUAGUGCCUGAGAGACAUUUGUAACAUUUGCGUUUGGGAUUUUGAAUAUGCCAUGUGUGCAUUAAAGAGUGUAAAGGAUUGUAAACAA